AUGAGCUGGACAGGCCUUUAUCCGGGCAUCGGACCUCAGGCGGUACUUUCAAGCCUGCCGGUGGAGGCUGACGCGAUCGGCACAAAUGUUUGGCUAUUUUAUGGUCCUGAUGUUCGCUUGUGUACAGCCUUGCCCACCAUUUUUAGGGCUACGGUAGAACAGGCUGCCAACAAGAAUGACCUCAACACUGAAGUCCAAUUAAUGUCGAUUACCAAGAUCUUUAUAGCCGAUAUAAACAAAUUCUUUGCCGCAUUUGAUACCACUAAUGCUCUUGCCUUAAUUUUCUAA